AUGGGGCCCCCGAAUUUUAAUGGCGCAAAGGCGGCAGCUGAUAUUCAAUCCCAGAACAGUUCCAUCAAUCCAGCUAAAAAAGUAGGAGACAGUGCGACUCCAGCGCAAAAUGGCAACGGCAACGACAACCAUAGUUUGAGCCAAACAAAUGCCGUUGACAACAGCACCAUGAAUGCUUCAAAACCCACCAUGGUUCCAGUAUCAGGUAGCCCUAGAGAUAUCAUCUGUGGACGUGGUCUGCACAUCAUGAAUCACCAUGGAAAUCACAAUCUUCACCUUAUCGUUGACAGGUAUCGUCAAGCCUACCUGACUUCGACUCGUAAAGACAAGGCUGACAUCACUAGACGCAUCGUUCAACAUUUGAAGAGUACAGGAGCAAGGUUUCUUCGACGGUUCAACCACGACGGAGAUGACAGGUGGGUGGAAGUUGAUGAAAGGACCGCGUACAAGAAGGUCGGCCAUGCCUUGCGUCUGAGAAAGAAAGAUCAUGGACAGAACUUCUUGAAAUCUGUCGUUCACAGACAACAGCUGCGCAGCCAACACUCUCUGCCGUUGCACUCGGCGUCUCAUGGGGAUAAAAGUAGUUCACACCAAAUGGCUGCCAUGUCAAGUGGUCCACCGAAUCCAAUGAAUCCUCCGUCGAGAUUGCCCCCUUCGUCCUCGCUUGAUAUGCAUUUACCUUUGGGGCCACCUGCAAAUCAACUUCAAGUCAUGACGACACAAUCAGCAUCAGCGCCAGCUCUCGGGCCACAACCUCACCCAAUGUUACACUCGUCUGUCAUUGGGGGACAUGGUAAUGUAGUGAUUGAUCCUCGAUUGUUUUCGCAAGUAUUUACAACCACACUUUCCCUAAUGACACAGCAGUUGCAACAUCAACAACGAGCAUCCAUACACGGAAGCUCUGCUGAUUCACGCAGAUCCGACGUAACUCCCAGAGAUGAAAGAAAGUAA